AUGAGGUCACCGGUGCAGCUCCAUCACGGCUCGGACGCCUUGCAGCCUCACGAUCAGACAGAUGGUCUGAUCAGACGAGUGUGUCUCACGCGCGGUAUGCAUGUUCCCGAGCACGUGGCGAUGCACCACACACACGACGUGGGUCCGGACCAGUGCUGCUCCUCGGUCGUGCAGACGAUCCACGCGCCGCCCGAGUCCGUGUGGGCCCUGGUGAGGCGUUUCGAUAACCCGAAGGUUUACAAGAACUUCAUCAGGCAGUGCCGUAUCGUGCAUGGCGACGGUCUCCACGCCGGAGAUCUCCGGGAGGUCAUGGUGGUGUCGGGACUCCCGGCGGUGUCGAGCACCGAGAGGCUCGAGAUCUUGGACGAGGAGCGUCACGUGAUAAGCUUUAGCGUCGUGGGUGGGGACCACAGGCUCGAGAACUACCGAUCGGUGACGACACUGCACGCGUCGGACGACGAAGGAACCGUCGUGGUGGAGUCUUACAUCGUCGAUGUGCCGCCGGGAAAUACGGAGGAGGAGACUCUCAGCUUCGUCGAUACCAUCGUCCGGUGCAAUCUCCAGUCUCUUGCUAGAAGUACCAACCGGCAAUAA